AUGUCUCUCGAACCGUCUCGAAAACAGCAACGAUUUCUUCGGCCGUGGGUGCGACUGGGGGCGGCGGCCCGGGGAGGCUUGUUGGGGCGAGUGCCUUCGCGCCUGCGCGGCGUGGCGGCGGAGGAGGACGAGGAUGAGGAGAUGUACGAGUAUGACGAUGUGGAUGGGGAGGAGUACAGCGAUGGCGAGGAGAUCUUGGAUAGGUCUGUCGUCAAGCAGCUGAAGCGCAGCACGACGGUUUUCCGACAGGUGAGCUGGCUUUCGUGGUGGGCGCAAACGAUCCUGUCGACGGUGGCUUUUAUCAUCCUUCUCUUCUCCAACGCCGUCACCAACCGCUCCACCCGAGGCAACAUCCUCGGCAACGGGGUCGCGCUGGCCGUGGCUAGCCUUGCUUGCUCGGCAGCGAGCAUCUGCUGGACGUGGGGGUACAACCUGAAGGCGAAGGGGUGGAGGAAUUUGGGCACUCUGGCCGAGGUGGACGACGCGCAAGUGCGCAUGCGUAGCUCGCUGAGGAUGGGGCUGUACAUCAACGUGGCGGGCAUGCUCCUGGCUCUGGUCGGAGCGGAGCAGAUCGUCGGCACGCUGGUCGCUAAGGUUUUGUACGCCCAAGGUUUUCAGCCCUCCGUGAUGGUGGGCACCGCCGGUGCCGCGGAGGUGGCGCAGGCGCAGUUCCGCGCCCUGGACGUUUUCAUCGUCCAGGCCAACACCAACACCUUGCUGAGCCACUUCUGCUCGCUAGCGGCGUCCCUGUGGCUGCUCGCGAGGACGCCUAAGCUGGCUAAGCUGGCCAAGAGCGGCUGAGAUUUGUUUUUGGCUGCGGCGCAAGUUUGUUGGUGUCGUCGUACGUUUAAUAGUGGUCGUAGCGAGCAAGCGUCCGCUCGUGACACACCCGCUGCUCUCUCCCUUGGCCGUAUUUGUGUAGGACUUGUUUACGACAGUAUCAAGAGCACACCUUUAAGUGGCGUGGUGGGGGCGGUGGUGAAAUGAAUCGAUUUUGGAUGUCGGCUGUGAAAGUUGAUUGGUUUAAUCGCUUUGUUCGCUUUUUUGGGUUGUUCCAGCCUGUUUGGCCUGCCAUCGGUGUUCGGUGGAGUUGUAGCAGAGGUUGGGAAGUAUUUCGGAGGCGUAAUUAAACCUCCUGUUUUUGGUCUGUAUGAUAUCGUAUUCUGCAGUUCGUUUUUUAUCUCUUUUACUGGCGAAGAAUGAAGACGUGUUGUGAGAUUCUGAACUAGCGUCUAGCCCCGCCUGCAACGCCAAACGCCAAAUGGAGAUGUAAUUCGUACAAUAGUUUUUGUCAUCGUUUUCGUGGGGUUCGCGGAAUGUUUGGUUUUGUUCCGGUUUGGGACUGGGAAAUACUCCCAUAUCUGCCGGGAUCCUGCUUGUAUCAAUAGGAGGGGGCUCGUGGAGUUGUUGAUGGCUGCUACAAUUCCCCCAUCGCUUCAGGUCUGUCUGUAGUCCUUUCAUGUUUCCUAUUCUUUUUUAGCGUUAUACGCGGUAAGCUUUUCUUGCUCCCGCGU